UUGGCGUGCCCAAGUCAUUUCAUUUCCACAGCAAAAUAUCUGCGUUAAAAGAAUAGCUCGUUAAAAGUAUAUACUUAUGAGUCACGUAUGUUGCAGUCAAAGUUCACUCUCACCGCCUGGUUAUGUAACACCGUUGUUUAAUGAGAGCUCAGAUCAGACAGAGUGCCUGAAACGAGCUCUGCAGCUGUACCUGCAGCCAUGAGGACCUUCACUGUGCUUCUCUGGAGUUUAUUAGGAGCUAAUGUUAUAAUCUCAGCGACAGCCAAUGAUGCCCCAAUUGUGCAGACUAAACAUGGAGCUUUAAAAGGUGAGUUGAUGAGAGCUAAAGGGAAGGACACAGUUAUCCACAGCUACCUGGGUGUGCCGUUUGCGAAGCCACCUGUGGGACCAUUAAGACUCUCAGCCCCACAACCUGCAGAACAAUGGCAAGGAGUGAGAGACGCAACAAAGCAGCCAUACAUGUGUGUGCAAAACAGGGAGCUACUUGUGAAUUUAACUAAACAAUUUUCCAUGACCUUGGAAGUUCCUGAAAUGUCAGAGGACUGCCUUUACCUCAACAUUUAUACACCCGCUAAACCAAGUGAAGAAGCCAAACUGCCUGUCAUGGUUUGGAUCCAUGGUGGAGGCUUUUCAUGUGGCUCAGGUUCCAUUUUUGAUGGACACGCACUGGCAGCCUAUCAGAAUGUUGUUGUAGUGCUAAUCCAGUACAGGCUUGGCUUACUUGGAUUUUUCAGCACAGGAGACGAACAUGCUCCAGGAAACUACGGCCUUUUGGAUCAGGUGGCUGCUCUUCAGUGGGUUCAGGAGAAUAUCCACAGCUUUGGAGGUGAUCCUGGAUCAGUUACCAUCUUUGGAGAGUCUGCAGGAGGGGCCAGUGUGUCUUACCAUAUAUUGUCGCCAUUGUCUGCUGGCCUCUUCCAAUAUGCCAUAGCAGAGAGUGGCACUGCUAAAAUGGAUGCUCUUUUUACUACCAGCCCUUUAUCAAUGGCUCAGGCUGUGGUUAAUGUAUCUGGGUGUGACGCUUCCAGCUCAAAGCAGAUUGUUGACUGUGUUAUGCAACUGUCAGAGGAGGACCUUUUGACGAUUGCUAAAAGGGUUGACUUAUAUUUUAAAGUGACACAGGAUGGACGAUUCUUUCCUAAAAGUGUGGAUGAACUUCUGCAAAACAAAGAGUUCAGCAAAGUGCCAUUAAUUACAGGGAUAACUAAUGAUGAAGGAGGUGUUGGACUCCUUAGUUUCCUUGCUCCACCUGGAUGGACUGAAGGAAUGGACAGAGAAUAUGUGGUGUCAUUUAUGCCUUUCUUUUUUCCUGAUCCGAGUGAUCAAUGGCUUCAUGGAAUAGUAGUGAAUGAGUACAUGGGAACCACGAAUGAUCGGAUUCAAAUCCGAGAUGGCUUCAGAGAGAUGUGUGGAGACAUUUUGUUUAACGCUCCUGCUCGUAAAGUAGCAAAACUACAUAAAGAUUCUGGAGCACCAGUUUUCAUGUAUGAAUUCCAGCACACUUAUAAUGAAUUCCAGAAAAAGAGGCCAAGUUUUACAGGAAGUGACCAUGGAGAUGAGCUCAUCUUUGUUUUUGGUGUAUGUUUUUUAAAUGGUCACAUUAAGGUAGAUGGUCAGUUCACAGAAGAAGAGAAUAAACUUUGUAGAACUAUGAUGGCCUACUGGGGGAACUUUGCUCGCACUGGGUCUCCAAACGGACCAGGCCUGACCCCAUGGCCUGAGUUUGGAGCUGAAGCUGAGUAUCUGAGCAUUGGCCUGGAACAAAAGCCUGAAAAGAACUUGAAGGAAAAGCACUAUUCAUUUAUAUCCCAGACUCUGCCACGGUUAAGGAAUGAGAAAAAAAAUGGCCCAGUUGUGCAGACUAAAUAUGGAGCUCUAAAAGGUGAGAUUGUGACGGCUAUAGGGAAGGACACGGUUGUUUACAGCUACCUGGGUGUACCGUUUGCAAAGCCACCUGUGGGACCUUUAAGAUUCACUGCAGCCCAACCUGCAGAAGAAUGGAAAGGAGUAAGAGAUGCCACAAAACAGCCAUACAUGUGUAUACAAAACAGGGAUGCAAGUGUUGAGCUCUUCCGCAAUUUAUCAAUCAGUGUGGAAUUUCCUGAAGUGUCAGAAGACUGCCUGUACCUCAACAUUUACACUCCAGCAAAACCUGGUGAAGAAGCCAAACUACCUGUCAUGGUUUGGAUUCAUGGUGGAGGACUGAGCAUCGGUUCUGCAUCUGUCUACGAUGGAUCAGUUUUGUCUGCCUACCAGAAUGUAGUUGUUGUGCUUAUCCAGUACAGGCUGGGUUUGUUCGGAUUCUUUAGCACAGGGGAUGAACAUGCUCCAGGAAACUAUGGCCUUUUGGAUCAGGUGGCUGCUCUUCAGUGGGUUCAGGAGAACAUCCACAGCUUUGGAGGUGAUCCUGGAUCAGUCACCAUCUUUGGAGAGUCUGCAGGAGGGGCCAGUGUGUCUUUUUUGCUUCUCUCUCCAUUGUCUACUGGACUGUUCCAUCGUGCAAUUGCAGAAAGUGGCACUGCAAUAAUGAAAGGCAUUGUGAAGGAUCCCUUACCAACAGCCCAGCUUGUGGCUAACAUCUCAGGCUGUGACAUCAGUAGCACACGAAAAAUUGCGGAGUGCAUUAAGCGCUGGCCGACAGAGGAUGUGAUAGCACUUUCGAAAGAGAGGAUGUUUUUGCCGUUUGUAGUGACAGUAGAUAAGGUAUUUCUUCCCAAGCCUGUGGAGGAGCUUCUAGAGAACCAGGAGUUCCAUAAAGUACCACUCAUGACUGGUGUGACCAGUGAUGAGUUUGGUUGGUUGCUACCUCGUAUAUUCACACCUUCAGGAUGGGUCGAUGGGAUGGAUAAAGAGCAAGUACUUUCAGUAAUGGCUAUUUUAAACCCUGAUCCCCGUAAUCAGUGGAUUAAUGAACUGGUGAUAGAGGAGUACGUGGGUUCUUCUGCUGACCCAAUCAAAAUUCGGGAUGCUUAUAAAGAGAUGAUGGGAGAUAUGAUCUUUAACAUUCCUGCCCUGACACUGGCUAAAUUGCAUAAAGCUGCUGGUGCUCCAGUUUAUCUGUAUGAGUUCCAGCAUCCACCCAGCAUCAUUCAAGUUACCAGGCCCAGCUUUGUCGGAUCCGAUCAUGGAGAUGAACUUAUCUUCAUUUUUGGCUUGUGCUUCGGGAAUGCCCACUUGAAGACAACCGCCUCAUUGACAAAGGAAGAAAAUGAGCUGUGUAGGACAGUCAUGGCUUACUGGGGUAACUUUGCUCGUACUGGGUCUCCAAAUGGACCAGGCCUGACACCAUGGCCUGAGUUUGAAGCUGAAGCUGAGUAUCUGGGCAUUGGCCUGGAACAGAAGCCUGGCAAGAAUUUUAAGUCUGAGCAUUACAUCUUCAUGACUGAGAAGCUUCCAGAGUUGGUGGCUGCUGCUGAGGAGAAAAAUGAGCAUGCUGAGCUGUAGCUGAUGAUUAUAUAGUCCAUCUCUCAACGGUUCUUAAAUGGGUGCCCCAAAGGGAUCAACUAAAGUAUCUAUAAAAAAGUCUUCAAAAUUUUUUAAAAGGGAAACAGAACAGCUGAUCAUACAAAUAACCCUCAAAGAACUAAAUGAAUUAAAUGAGGCAGAAACUCAUAUAUUCAGAUUCCAUAAAUCUUAUUGCUUUAUUGAAGAGACAGCUGUGUAUUUGAGGUGUUAUUUAUCUAACAAUUGAGGUGCUCUAAAUGUAAGCAUGAACCAUUUGGUGGAGAGGGAAAGUCUUCAUUAACUAUAGAUCAAAAUCUCACUUAAGCCAUUAUUUCAGAAGGUUUAGUGACAUGAACUUUACAUCAUGUUUUGUGAAACUGAUAAAAUGAUGAAACUGAACUAAACGAUUAAAAAAAAAGUGUUUAAAAAA